GUGAGCAGCGCCUGUCCCAUCCACGCAGACACUUUUCCUAUGUCAGGAUCUGAUUCGAGUGGCUUUUAUCAGUUACGAAACUGAUCAUCGGCAUUGGAUUUUAUAGUUUGCAACUUCUCACAGAUUUAGUGAAGCCAGAUUCGGAGCGCAACAGCUGAGGAGAAGACGUGAAUCUACGCAAGAUUGUCUGAAACGAAGGACUCAUCCCGCUCACUUAAGUGCAAUGUCCAAAGCUUAUGGAUGUAAUGCUAGAAAAUCAAGGCUGCAUUAUGACAGCGAAUAACUGAGGGGUCUCAAAAGCACUUUUCCUCUUUCCUAACUUUUAUUUCCACCAGAUGAUGGAGGACGCGCAGGCGUCAAGGACUUUCACGCCUUAUUGCACAGCCAAUACAUGAAAAGAAGAAACAUGAUGACAUCUACGGGCUUGUCGGAGAAAGCAAUGAGGAUCAGAAAUGGGGCAGGAAACCACCAUCACUCCAAACCCAUCUCUAAAAUAUACUUCAUCUUUAUUUUGCUCCUGCUCAUAUUCACACCGAUAGUGGAUUCAUCGUGGUGGUACAUCGGAGCUCUGGGUGCGCGGGUGAUAUGCGACAACAUUCCCGGUCUUGUGAACAAGCAACGGCAGCUCUGCCAGCGGCACCCAGACCUGAUGCAGUCCAUCAGCGAGGGAGCCAAAGAGUGGAUCAAAGAGUGCCAACAUCAGUUCAGACACCACCGCUGGAACUGCAGCACGCUGGACCGGGACCACACUGUUUUUGGCAGGGUGAUGCUCCGAAGCAGCAGAGAGGCAGCAUUUGUGUACGCCAUCUCUUCAGCAGGAGUGGUCUACGCCAUUACCAGGGCCUGCAGUCAGGGGGAAAUGAAGAUCUGCACCUGUGACAGUCAAAAACGAGGGCAAGACAGUGACGACAAAGGCAAUUUUGACUGGGGCGGAUGCAGCGACAACAUCAACUAUGGCAUAAAAUUUGCCAAAGCUUUCGUCGACGCCCGUGAGAGGAUGGUGAAAGAUGCUCGAGCCCUGAUGAAUCUGCACAACAACCGAUGCGGUCGGAUGGCAGUGAAGCGCUUUAUGAAGCUGGAGUGCAAGUGUCACGGGGUCAGUGGUUCCUGUUCUCUCAGAACCUGUUGGCUGGCUAUGUCUGACUUCAGGCGAACUGGAGACUAUCUUCGCAAGAAGUACAACACAGCCGUCGAGGUAACCAUGAACCAAGAUGGGACAGGAUUUAUUGUGGCUGACAAGGACUUUAAGGGAAGCACCAAGAAUGAGUUAGUCUUUGUUGAGAACUCUCCAGAUUACUGUCUCAUGGACCGUGCAGCAGGCUCCUUGGGCACAGCAGGCAGAGUGUGCAACAAGUCCUCAAGAGGCAUAGAUGGCUGUGAAGUCAUGUGCUGUGGGCGUGGCUACGACACCAUGCGAGUCAAACGUGUCACUAAGUGUGAGUGCAAGUUCAAGUGGUGCUGCGCUGUGGAGUGCAAAGACUGUGAAAACGUAGUGGACGUUCACACCUGCAAACCCCACAAGCGACCCGACUGGCUGGACGUAACCUAGGAAGGAGAGCGGACAAAUCAAACGUGCACCUGACUCAUUAGCCUGUGCACUAAUGACUCCAUUCUAGUUGGGAUCUUUUAACUAUAAUACCUCUGGCUUUUGAUGCUUUUAUACUUCACAAACAUUUGUUAGGUGAUAGUAAACUGGAAAUUAGAACCAGUUACUGAUCAUGUGCUGCUUUAAAAAGUGUUUUAAAAAAUAAUGUGCGGAGCGUUUUUGAAUCAGACUUUGAAACUUUGAUGCAAAAUGGCUUAAUAUUAUAUUCUGUUGUAAAUGUACCCUUGGUUGAGGCAGAUAUAUGAGCUACUGCCUGCUUCUUGUUUUAUAGUAUGUAAAAACUGUGUGCACAUAAGAGAUGAAAGAGAUAAUCACAGUAGUACUUUGUCUGCCGAUCGCUCCUUCAAGGUUGCCUUGUACACCUCUGGACUGAUUCCCAUUCUAUUAGAACACUCCCUUUUAGUGCACUCACACUCCACAGUGGCAAAACAGUGACCUUUAAAUUUUUUACUUAAUUUUAUGAAAAAAGAUCCAAGUUGUUUAGAACCAAAUCUAAUGGGUAGGGUGAGUGGUCCAGAUGUUACAGCAGACCUCUGCACAUGAUUACUUGGAAACUGGUGUUAGCCUGUGGUUUUUGCUUUUCCAAAACUUCCAAAACUUUUUUGAUCCCACCGUGCACCCGAAACCACUGCUGCUAAUUUGUG